GUCGACCUUCAGACAUCACAUGGACUCACGUUAACACGGAUCUGCCAGGUGAAAGUGAUAACCAGUAUGUCAGAUGCGAACAGCAGUCGAGACGCCCUCGCAACACCAUCCCGGCGAGCGGAGAAGGCAGCCGAGCGACCAUCCCCAGCGGGUGCAGCCGGGCGCGCUGCUUCAUCCCGACACCACCCUCCGACCAGCCGGCCAAAGGCACCGAGGGAAGAUCGCGAUGGGAGGAAAAAGGAGCUUUUCGCGCUGCUAGGAGACAAUGCGCCGAGCUUGGUGGUCGCACAGCGGCCAAAGGCCGGUAAAGAAGCGAAGAUGCGAAAGUCUGAGCUGGCGCGGAAGGCGAGUCAGUCCAAGAAACGAUGGGCGCUCCGGCGCUUCAAGAAUCCUGCCCGUCAGGAUGAUCUGGUUUUGACGCACUGGGUGCAAGAAGACGUCCCUGCGACUUGGUCUAGGGACCUGCCGCACAACGCGGACCACGACACAGAAAUGCAUGACACAGCUUCACAACAGAAUGCUGCUUCUUCCUCCAGAAACAAGCUGGAUCAGAUCGAAACAAACUAUCCAUUUUCUCAAUUUCAGGCUGGCUCAGGCGCGUAUAGCUACUCCAACGACGAAUACGUGCAGCAUCUCCGCGACGACGACUGGACAAAGGACGAGACAGACUACCUGAUUGACAUUUGCUCAGCGUAUGACCUGCGCUUCACUGUCAUUGGCGAUCGCUACGAAUGGCCGGGGAAGCAACGGACAAUCGAGGACUUGAAGGCGCGCUACUACGCCAUCUGUCGCAGGCUCAUCCGCUCGCGAAUCAGUACCGAUGAUAUUGAGACUCGUCAACAGCUCCUGCAAACGUACGCAUUCGAUAGAAAUCGCGAAGUAGAGCGAAAAAAAGCCAUCGCCCGACUCUUUGCUCGGACGCCUGCGCAACUUGCCGAAGAGGAAGCAUUGUAUGUCGAAGCAAGGCGCAUUGAGCAGAACGAAGCCAAAUUCGCCGGGCAGCGGGAGGAGCUGCUGAGGCUGUUAGGUGGAUGGGAAAGUCUGCAGAGUGCAACUCCUGCUUCGAUCGCCGCCGCUGGGGCUGGUCUCGGCGUGCCGCUUCCCGGGAGUGCGGCGGAGGCGGAAGAGCUAAAGAGAAAGAAGCGAAAGGCGGAAGAGACCAGCUCCUCGACGCCAACGCUCACCGGUCCCGCGGGCGCAGCGGCUGCCACCGCGCUGUCAAACAAACAAAGAGCCGAGCUGAAGCAGGCGGCGUUCGACGAGCAGCAUUACAUUCAACGCUUCGAUCCAACAGCCCAGCCGUCCUCCAAGCCUCCCUAUCCUUUCCUUACCGGAACCCCUUCGACGCAUCCGCCCGUGGCCCCCUCUGUCACCAACCCGAACUCUGCGCAUGGCGUAUACAUUCGCUCCACCAGGUUGCUCGUGCCGCGCGCGAACUUGCAGCAGCGCACGUCGCAGACACUGUUGGAGAUGGUACCUGUCAUGGGCCACAGGCUGAUCUUCCCGACAGCGAAGAACUGCGAAAAGUGGGAGGGCUUACUUGGCGCCGUCACUGCGGGUCUCGAGCUCAAGAGGCAGCUGGACAAGGUCGAGAUGGAGUUGAAUGCCCUGAAGGUCAAAGCGGACCCACGAACUUCUACAAAGCCUGGCCCUGGUGAGAACAGUGAUAGAGCAUCCGCAGCAGCAAUAGCAGCAGCACCAAGAGCACCGUCUACUGGCACUGUUGCGCCGGCGGCAUCGAUUGCGAUCGCACCAAUCACCGAAGGAGCGUAGCGUUACCAUGAAGCUCAUAUCUAAGUACUCUCCACGAACAUCUCGCGGCACUCGAUGCUGCGGUCGUUAUACAUUGCUUCGAAUAUCAUGACUAGUUC